AGUGGCCUGCGCGACGUAGACGACAUUCUGAAUUUCGUCACUUGUAGAUUGAACCUAUGGUGCGCACUUCAUAUAGAUAUAUAUUAGUCAGUCUCUGCGGCAAAUGGUGGACGGGACGGGACUGUCAUCGUAGUGGCGUUCACAUUGUAGGGUCAAAAUGUACAGGACUAGAACGGUAUUUAGUUCUUUGACCCCUCUAGCCCCGCGAAUAUAUGGAACAGAACGAUUCGCAAGUUGGUUAGUACGGGGUUAUCCUUUUAUUCGUAAUCGACAAGCUGUCGUGGCAUUGGAAUCGAAACGCCGAUUUUAUGGUAGUAAAGUUGCUACAGAGCCAUUCCUCAAUGGCAGUACCAGCUCCUACGUUGAAGAAAUGUACAAUGCCUGGUUACGGGAUCCCCAAAGUGUACAUAUAUCUUGGGAUUCGUUCUUCAGAAAUAGUACUGCAGGUGCUGGACCUGGUCUUGCAUACCAAUCUCCACCAUCUCUAGCGCCUCGACAUGAUCAAAUACCAUUGGGGACAAUUCUACCACUUGGUGGUACUUCUCAAGUAGGACAAGUACCAAUCAAUGAGAAAAUUAUUGACGACCAUCUUGCGGUUCAGGCCAUCAUUCGAUCUUAUCAGAUACGUGGGCAUCAUAUCGCAAAAUUGGAUCCUCUUGGAAUCAACAGUGCUGAUCUUGAUGAUAGGCAUCCACAAGAGUUACUCUAUAAUCAUUAUUCUUUUGGAAAAAGCUCUCGCACCACAUACUCUCAGGACCUUCAAUAUCGAGUAGCCGUUCUCAUGAAACAGGAGUCUGAUAUGGAAAGAGUCUUCAAACUUCCAUCAACAACAUUCAUUGGUGGGAAGGAAAAAUCUCUACCCCUCCGAGAAAUUCUGAAAAGAUUGGAAAAUGCUUAUUGUGGGCAUAUUGGAGUGGAAUUUAUGUUUAUAAAUUCACUGGAGCAGUGCAAUUGGAUUCGUCAAAAAAUGGAAACGCCAGGUGUAAUGGAGGUAACAAAUGAUGAAAAACGUUUGAUAUUGGCGCGGCUGACACGUGCAACGGGCUUCGAAGCGUUUUUAGCGAGAAAAUGGUCGUCGGAGAAGCGAUUUGGUCUUGAGGGUUGUGAGAUAUUGAUUCCAGCUAUGAAGCAAGUUAUUGAUAAAUCCACUGAGCUUGGAGUUGAAUCUAUAGUAAUGGGAAUGCCACACCGUGGUCGUCUGAAUGUACUAGCCAAUGUUUGUCGUAAACCCCUCAAUCAAAUAUUCACCCAAUUUGCUGCUCUCGAAGCGGCUGAUGAUGGUUCUGGUGAUGUGAAGUAUCAUUUGGGUACAUACAUUGAACGGUUGAAUCGCGUUACGAAUAAGAAUAUUCGUCUUGCUGUUGUGGCCAAUCCAUCUCAUUUAGAGGCAGUUGAUCCGGUUGUCCAGGGUAAAACGCGCGCCGAACAAUUUUAUCGUGGAGACGGGGAAGGCAAAAAAGUCAUGUCUAUACUUUUGCACGGCGAUGCUGCUUUCUGUGGACAAGGUGUAGUUUUUGAAACGAUGCAUCUAUCGGAUCUACCGGAUUACACGACCCAUGGUACAAUCCAUAUUGUUGCCAAUAAUCAAAUUGGAUUCACCACUGAUCCUCGCCAUUCUCGUUCGUCGCCCUACUGCACAGACGUCGCACGUGUCGUGAAUGCACCAAUCUUUCACGUUAAUUCUGAUGAUCCCGAGGCGGUUAUGCACGUUUGCAAAGUAGCUGCUGAAUGGCGCGCUACAUUUCAUAAAGAUGUUGUUAUUGACAUUGUAUCGUAUCGGCGAAAUGGACAUAAUGAAAUUGACGAACCAAUGUUUACUCAGCCCCUUAUGUAUCGUAAAAUUCGCAAUACUCCACCAGUUUUAGAUAUUUAUUCAAAAAAAUUGAUUGAUGAGAGCGUUGUAACACCGGAGGAGGUGAAAGAUGUUAAAGAUAAAUAUGAAAAAAUAUGCGAAGAGGCUUACAGUGGGGCACGUCAAGAGACCCACAUUAAAUACAAGGAUUGGCUCGAUUCGCCCUGGUCCGGAUUCUUUGAGGGCAAAGAUCCAUUGAAAGUAUCCCCUACUGGUGUGAAAGAAGACACACUCAUCCACAUUGGCAAAAAGUUUUCAUCUCCUCCUCCAAAUGCUGCUGAAUUUGUCAUUCAUAAAGGUAUUGAACGCAUAUUAAAAGCACGAAUGGAGAUGAUAGAAUCGCGUCAAGUUGAUUGGGCACUGGGUGAGGCAAUGGCAUUUGGAUCACUUCUUAAAGAGGGUAUUCACGUGAGAUUAUCUGGCCAAGACGUUGAGAGAGGUACAUUCUCCCACAGGCAUCACGUUCUUCACCAUCAGACUGUUGACAAAGCCACAUAUCGACCACUCUGUUAUCUCUAUCCAGAUCAAGCACCAUACACUGUUUGCAACAGUUCACUCUCUGAAUUUGGCGUACUUGGUUUUGAAUUGGGUUACUCUAUGACGAAUCCCAAUGCACUUGUUUGUUGGGAGGCGCAAUUCGGUGAUUUUAAUAACACCGCCCAAUGUAUUAUUGAUCAAUUCAUUAGCAGUGGCCAAGCCAAAUGGGUCCGCCAAUCGGGUAUUGUAAUGCUCCAACCGCAUGGUCUCGAGGGUAUGGGACCCGAGCAUUCAAGUGCACGCCUCGAGCGUUUUCUUCAAAUGUCCGCCGAUGAUCCAGACUAUUUUCCACCCGAGAGUGAAGAGUUUGCUGUUAGGCAGCUGCAUGACAUCAAUUGGAUUGUUGCAAAUUGUAGUACACCCGCUAAUUAUUUCCACAUACUUCGCCGACAAAUUGCACUACCGUUUAGAAAGCCUCUCAUUCUUAUGACACCCAAAUCACUUCUUCGUCAUCCUGAAGCUCGAUCGAGCUUUGAUGUCAUGACUGAAGAUACACAAUUCUUAAGAGUUAUUCCAGAGGAAGGUCCGGCUGCUCAAAAUCCAAGCGGUGUUAAAAGAGUAAUAUUUUGCUCUGGUAAAGUCUAUUACGAUUUGACAAAGGCAAGGAUCGAGAGGAGUAUGAAUGACAAAGUUGCCAUUGCAAGAGUUGAGCAAAUUUCACCUUUCCCCUAUGAUCUGAUUAAGAGGGAAGUUGAAAAAUAUCCAAAUGCUGAAGUUAUGUGGACGCAGGAGGAAGCUAAAAAUCAAGGCGCCUGGUCUUAUGUACAGCCACGAUUCGCCACCGCUCUCAAUGGAACCCGCGACCUUUCUAAUAGAAGCUCUGAUAAAAAUAGUGAUGGUUGGUUAAAUGCUUGGUUUUCAUCAUCUAAAUCAUCAAAAUCCGAGUCUGUACCUGAGCCACCACAAAAAACAAAAUCACGACUAAUCAGAUAUGCUGGUCGACCCUGUGCCGCGUCACCAGCAACUGGUAGUAAAAUGCAGCAUCUCAAGGAGCUAAAACAAUUUUUAGACGACAGUUUCGAUAUUUAAAGUCAAUCUUGUGUAGCAGUAUUGUAGAAAAAAAAUCACAUCAUUUUAUUUAUUUUCCUCUUGAACAUAAGUUAUAACUAUACUUGCUGUAAACGAAAAAGAAAAAAAAUAUCCACCUUGGUCAUUUUAAUGGAAAUAUGAGAAACGACAAAAUCAUUAAAAAUGAUAAUUUUUCAAUAUUUGUGCCUCUGUGUGAAAAUAUUUCUUGUGGAAUUCGAUUAGUGAGUUUUAUUUUCAAUUUUGAAAUCGUUAUUUAUAAAUCUACGUUCUCAAUUAUUUCAGUUACAAAUUACAUUAUAAAUUAAUGAGGAAAUAGGAGGAACAAAAUGCAGCAUCAGAAUUAAUUAUUUUUAAUGAAAGCGUUGAUGAAUGAAUAUUGAGACAUUAAAGUAACAACAAUAGUCCUCUUGAAAUUAACAAUCAAGUAUUACUACUCAUCUGUUGCACUGGUCAAGCACAUACAAAUGUGAUUCCCCAAUAGUCUAAAUGUGAAUUUUCAAUAAAUAUUCAUAUAAACCAAUCAA